AUAUAAAGUACUAGUUUCGUAUUCCUACAUUACCGGAAGAGAAUUGAGAAAAUAUUAAUGUUCUCUUUUUUAUGUUUGGAAUCAUUUUGACUAAAGUUGCUGGUAAAAACCAGUGGCUAUGGAAUCUCUUCGUCUGAGUCUAUACAUUAUGGGGUUUUGCUGCUUUUUAAUCGUGGUAGCUUACGCUGCAACAGAUCCCAAUGACUUGAAAAUCCUGCUUGAUUUCAAGAACGGAUUGGAGAAUGCAGAGCUGCUGAAAUGGCCUGAAAAUGGCGAUGAUAAUCCUUGUGGUCCGCCAUCUUGGCCUCAUGUCUUUUGUGCUGGCAACAGAAUCACCCAAAUUCAGGUUCAAAACAUGGGUCUUAAGGGACCCCUUCCUCAAAAUUUCAACCAGCUUAUCGAAUUGUACAAUUUGGGUUUACAGAGGAACAGAUUCAAUGGCUCUUUACCCAGUUUUAGUGGGUUGUCGGAUUUGGAGUUUGCUUUUUUGAAUGACAAUGAAUUUGAUUCCAUCCCUUCAGAUUUCUUUCGAGGACUCACUAGUCUACGUGUUUUGGCUCUGGAUAACAAUCCCCUUAACGCCACUACAGGAUGGGUGAUUCCUCCAGAUUUGGUUAGUUCAGCUCAGUUGGUAAAUUUGUCUUUGAUACAAUGCAAUUUGGUAGGACCUGUUCCUGAUUUCUUAGGUAAGUUUUUAUCACUUCAAGCUCUCCUUCUUUCGUACAAUAGAUUGACUGGUGAUAUUCCCGAGAGCUUUGGGCAGUCUAUGAUGCAGAUUUUGUGGUUAAAUGGUCAAAGUGGUGCUGGGUUGAGUGGUAAACUUGAUGUGUUUACAAAAAUGGUGUCAUUGACACAGCUUUGGUUACAUGGUAAUAAAUUUACAGGGACAAUACCAGAGAAUAUUGGGAAUUUGAAAUUGUUGAAGGAUCUUAAUCUGAAUACCAAUGAGCUUGUUGGGUUGAUUCCUGAGAGUUUAGCUAAUAUGGAGCUAGACAAUCUGGUUUUGAAUAACAAUUUGUUUAUGGGUCCAAUUCCUAAGUUUAUGGCUGGUAAUGUUUCUUAUACUUCUACUACUUUUUGUCAGUCUAAACCUGGUAUUCCAUGUGCUCCAGAAGUUAACGCCCUUUUAGAUUUUCUUGGUGGCUUGAAUUACCCAUUUAAUCUGGCUUCUCAAUGGUCUGGUAACAAUCCAUGUGAAGUGCCUUGGUUGGGAUUGUCUUGUAAUCCACAGUCUAAGAUUUUCUCUAUUAAUUUGCCUGGUUAUAAUCUUAGCGGUGUGCUCAGUCCUUCGCUUGCCAAGUUAGAUUCAUUGAUGGAAAUCAGGGUUGCAGGAAACAAUAUCAGUGGUACUAUUCCUGAGAAUUUCACCACAUUGAAUUCACUGAAAUUGUUGGAUAUUAGUGCAAAUAAUUUUGAACCUCCAUUGCCCAAAUUUGCUGACUCUGUUAAGAUAUUGACUGAGGGGAAUCCUCUUUUGGUUGCUGGGGGUAAUAGAAGUUUCUCGCCUCCUAGCGAGAGUCCAGCAUCUACACCAACUACUCCACCUUCAUCAACCACAAGUCCACCUUCCCCAAGGCCUGAUAGGAACUCAAAUUCAUCUAGUUCCCACCAAAAUGACUCUCAACCAAAGAGUUUUAUAACCAGGCUGGUAACUCUGACUGGAGUAGCAAGUGUGGCAGCAUUGGUUCUGCUGUUAAUUUCUGUAUCUGUAUAUUGUUGUAAGAGGAGGAAGAGCAGUACAGAAGAUUGUAAUUCCAUUGUUGGUAACCCUAGAGAGUCAUCUGAUUCAGGAGACAAGGCUAAGACAAUUGUUAAUAAGAGCAGUUCUGGAGGCAUACCUGCACAAACUGUCCAAUACCCUGGGAGUGAUGUCAGUGAAGGAACAGAAAACUCUGAUGUGGUGGAAACUAGAUCUCUGGUCAUAUCUGCUCAAGUUCUUCGCAGGGUGACCGAGAAUUUUGCACCAGAAAACGAGCUUGGUCGUGGUGGAUUUGGAACCGUUUACAAGGGUGAGUUGGAUGAUGGUACAAAAAUAGCAGUAAAGAGAAUGGAGUCUGGUGUAAUUAGCAACAAAGCAUCAAAUGAAUUUCAGUCUGAAAUAACAGUUCUUUCGAAGGUUAGACACCGCCAUUUGGUAUCUCUUUUGGGUUAUUCAAUUGAAGCUUCGGAGAGGCUUUUAGUGUACGAGUAUAUGUCUCAAGGUGCUUUAAGCAGACAUCUUUUCCAUUGGAAGAGAUUAAAGCUGGAUCCUCUAUCUUGGACAAAAAGGCUCGUAAUCGCAUUGGAUGUUGCUCGAGCAAUAGAAUAUCUUCAUAGUCUAGCCCAUCAAACGUUUAUACACCGAGACCUCAAAUCUUCCAACAUUCUUCUGGAUGAUGACUUCCGGGCUAAAGUAUCAGAUUUUGGACUGGUGAAACUCGCCCCUGAUGGGGAAAAAUCUGUUGUCACAAAGCUUGCUGGAACUUUUGGCUACCUAGCACCCGAAUAUGCUGUGAUGGGAAAGAUCACAACAAAAGUGGAUGUGUUCAGCUUUGGAGUAGUAUUAAUUGAACUUCUGACUGGACUAACAGCUCUUGAUGAGGAUCGGUCUGAGGAUCGAAGGUACUUAGUUGAGUGGUUUUGGCGAAUUAAGUCGAACAAAGACGAACUUAUGGCUGCCAUCGAUCCAGUUCUCGAAGCCAACGAAGAAACACUCGAGAGCAUGUGUGUCAUAGCUGAACUUGCCAAACAUUGUACCGCAAGGGAACCAAAUCAUCGACCGGACAUGGGACACGCUGUGAAUGUUCUUGCUCCUCUGAUCGAGAAAUGGAAGCCGGUGGACGAUGCAUCCAGGUAUUAUUCGGGGAAUGAUAACGAGACACCUCUUCCCCAGAUGUUGGAGGUAUGGCGACAAGCUGAAGGGAAAGAUGUUAGUUAUUCUAAUGGUAAUGAUAGCAGAGGAAGUAUUCCAUUAAGGCCAUGUGGAUUUGCAGAUUCCUUCACCUCUGCUGAUGGUAGAUGAAUGUAUGUAUUGAUUUAAUCGAAGGGGUAAAGUUGUUUGGUGGUGGAUUUUGAAUUUGAUUCUUUGCUUCGAAGAGGGUAAGAGAUAAAUUAUGAAUAUACUUUAUUUGGUAUUUAUAUAGAUUGGAUUAUGU